GGCUCUAACACUUUUUCACACUCUGUGUUUUGAACUGGUCUUUGGAGGAAUGCCUGGACAGAUGUUUGCUUUUUUGUGAAGUGGGCUGUGAAAUGUCAGCCAGCACAGAAACAUGGCCGAGUCGUCUCGCGCAGUGGUUUAGGGUGAUCAGUGUUUACAGCUGGACUCUGGGGGUCCUCGGUCUCGCAUUUGCUCUCCAGACAGCGGAGUGAACAGACCGGGGUGUCCUUUCUUAUCUGUGUGGCUGCAGCAGGUCUUCAUUCCAAAUAAGCGCGAGCUCAGCUGAGUCUACUCGUUUAAUCAGUUGGUCAGUCGGAUGAUCGUGUGAGCUCACGCUGUGUUGUAAUGUGAACCUACAGCCACACCGGCCCAGUGGAUUAGAUUGGACACCCCCUGGAAUAGACAGUGAUGAGGGUGGAUAUGAUGAGAAACCUCCAACAUAUUAUUUGAUACCAGCCGAUAGUCAAUACGAGGACAGGAUGAGGCAUUUGGGCUAAACCAAGAAUACCAGUGACAGUCAGGAUUCAACAUGCGCUGAGGAUCUACUAAUGACUGAGAUAAAAUUAAUUCACUAAUAACCAAAUUAGAAUGAUGGUCUUCAAAUUUGCUAGGAUAGCAGUCUAGAUAAUCGUCUGACCAUUUUAAAACCACCACCUAAAACACUUUCAGUAAACAGUGCAGCUUUCAAAUCUAUGAGAACACCUGUUAUCUCUAAUAUAAGGAGACUAUUUAAAGCUAAGUUAUUUUAACCUUUAACAUUGCCUUUGAUAACAAUGUUAUCCUCUACAUUUAUAACUACAAAACAGCCAGUGCCCAGUUUCGUCCAUCUUGGUAGUGAUCAACUUUCCAGGGAAACUGUUAAGUAGGGUAGCAAGUUAAGCCAUGAGAAACACUAUUUUAUCUCCCCAUUGAUUUACCCAAAACUUUUCGUCCUCGGUGCAAGAAUGAGUUUCCUGGAGCAGCACACAAUUUGCUUUUUUACCCUUACAAAACAAAAAACAGAUUUUCUUUUCAUGUUGUCUCUAAGACCUCACGCAUUCAAUGAAACAAUGUUUAGUGCACAACUGAAAGAAAAGGGAGCUGAAACUGGUCUGCAGAGGAGACGAAGUUUAAGCUCUGAACUUCAAAAGACAGCGGUGAGACGGGCAUUUCAGAACAUGAUGUCUUCCUUUUCUUUACUCCUAGGGUUCACUUUCCUACGCAGUUCAAGUUUCCCUCUCAGACACAUCAGGAGACACCACCAAGAGGAAUACAUCACACAUUACUGAAAACAUGGCUUCCACAGAAAACCCAGGGCCUCAGUUGGCUUCCUGUACUGUCCGUGUUAACACAGGCCGCCGCCGAACGCGGAAACCUGCAAGCAAGGAGAGAAUUCAUCACUGUUCAGAGUGUGGGAAGAGUUUUACUAGACACAGUCAUCUCAAAACACACCAGCGCAUUCACACAGGAGAGAAACCGUAUCAGUGCUCCGUGUGUGGGAAGAGUUUUAAUCAGAAGGGUCAUCUCCAAAUACACCAGCGCAUUCAUGUAGAAGAGAAACUGUACCACUGCUUACAGUGUGGAAUAGGUUUUACUGACAGACGUGAUCUCCAGUUACACCAGCGCAUUCACACAGAAAGGAAGCCGUAUGGCUGCUCAGAGUGUGGAAGGAGUUUUACUUUACAGAGUCAUCUCAGAAUACAUCAGCGCAUUCACACAGGAGAGAAACCGCAUCAGUGCUCAGUGUGCGGGAGGAAUUUUAGUGUACGGAGUCAUCUUCGAACACAUCAACGCAUUCACACUGGAGAGAAACCGUAUCAGUGCUCAGAGUGUGGGAAGAAUUUUAGUCAAAAGACUCAUCUCCGAACGCACCAGCGCAUUCACACAGGAGAAAAACCCUAUCACUGUUCAGAGUGUGGGAAGAGUUUUCAUCAACAGGGUAAUCUCUUGGCACAUCAGCGCAUUCACACAGGAGAGAAACCGUAUUACUGCUCUGAUUGUGGGAAGAGUUUUCAUCAACAAGGUCAUCUCCAGACACAUCAGUGCAUUCACAUGGAAGAGGGAAGAGUUUUUGAAACCGACCUAAUUUGAGAACACACCAGUUCAUUCACAACAGAGAGGAUAUAGUACUGAUCAGAGUGUGGGCAGAGCAUCAGGAAUUUGAAAUCUUGAAAAGAAACAGAAGUGCACUUAAAAGAAGACUGUGUUUCAGCUGAGGUAUAAAGGGAUGUUAGUGGAGACUGUUCUGAUGUCUGUCAGCAAUUACCAGGCUUUUACUCUAAUGAAAACUCUAAUGGACUCAGGUUGGGCAUAGAUUGAGAAAUGAACAUGCACCGCCUGCAAAAAUCCAAUGAAAUCUGCUUCACCCACCAGAUAUUGUGCAUUACGUAGUAUAAGUUAUAUAGAAUCAACCUAGGCUGCUGCUGAUGUUGAAAGCAAAGAUGUGUUAAAACUAUGGCCUCUGCCCUGUGGUCUCUGGUCUCACAGACUUUGGAUGUACUCUCAAUGAUGCUCACUUAAGUGCUCAAUGCCAUACCAUCUAAUCUGUGAGGCAGCUUGCCUGCAAAAAUAUUAAAAAGAGCUCUAAUGAGAGGGAAAUUCAGCUUGAGCUAUGAUUAAUCCUGACACCAAAAUCUGCGCAAGACAUUCUUUGUCUAAAAUAUUCCUUAAUUUGUCAAAGUAUCAUUGUUCGUCUAAAACAUCGAAUCUAAGACAUCAUUAUGUAAUCACAUGUUUCACUAUCAGUUUUGUGUAACUAUACUAGCAAAGUCUGCUAAAGCAUGCAGCCUUUCUGGAAGUUCUAUAAAAAGUCAGCAUUAUCUCCCUUACAGCCUAGAUGAAUGGUGGAAUUGGACCCCUGCGGCCCUGUGGCCUUUCUCCUAGUCUGUAGAAGACUGUAGGUAUGGACUGGGCAAUGGUGUGAUCCAUACAGAAUGAAUUACUCAAAAACCUGUAGUAGCAUUAAUGUUGCCAUAAUUUCAGUGAGCAAACUUGCUAAGUGUAACAUGGAUAAUGUGCAGGAAUGCUAGCGAAAUCGUCUUCUGUUUGAAAAAUUGACAAAUGAGACAAGAUUGUAACUUGUUCAGAAUUACCAUAAUAUCUAAGAGCUACGUAAACCUGUCUGUUUGGAUUCAUUCAUUAUGUAGUGAUGCUUAAUUGAAAUGAAGUGAAUUAUCAAGGAUAUCCCACCUAGAAGGCGGAUUUAUCUGUAUCAAUCAAUGACAGCAGUUGGAUAACAUGUUUGAAAACACUGUUUAUGGAGAUGGAACAGUGACAAGUUGAAUUUCAGAUCGGCUUUCAUAAUAAUAGUCCUUUAUAAUUGUACUGAUUAUAUACAAAUUAAUGUAAUUUAACACUACAAAACAUUUACUGAACAUUCUGCCUAUUUAUUAUUAUUAUUAUUAUUAUUAAUUAUUAUUAUUAUUAUUAUUAUUACUGUUAUUGUCGUAGUAUGGAUUAUAAGUAUUAUUAGUGGUACUCUCUCAUUAGUUGCAAUAGUGGUGAUAAUACUAGUUGUAGUAGUUUUUGCAGUAGUAUCAAACUUCUGUUACACAUCUAAUAAACUGCCUAAUAAGUAACAUGUUUUCAGUGUUAAAACAGUGCUCACUAGUUGUUGUGAUGCUAACUCUAGCUAAGCUUGCUUUCUGAUCUUUUCUGGAGUGAAGGCAGUGUGUAAAUCAAGUAUUCACACCUGUCUCUGACAUCUAUACGGUGAUUUCUUUCCCCAGGCAAAUUGGUCAUAAACAUUAUCCCCAUGGAAAUAUAAUCCCAUCUGAAUAGCACAACUGACUGAUGAGAAGUUAGACAGAAUCGAGUCUGGAGCUGUUAGCCAAGAUAGCAUUUGAACCCCAGCCAGCUUCACAGUACUGGCCUAGUAAGCACUGUGUAACCUUAAUUGUUUUUGGAUAAAUAUUUUAGCUAUUAUAGAGUGAGAAAAUCUCACUGUUUUAUUUUCAGGUCACUAGUGUUACAUCUGAAGUUAAUGUUUUAAUUUAUGUUCUGCUCAAUCUCAUUUCAUGCAUUAAUGGCUUAUAGAAUUUUCAUAACCACCAUCAUUGAAAACAGCCCUCUAACAUUUUACAUCUACAGACAGAUGUACUUAAAACUCGAUGCAAGAAAUCAAUUUUGUUUCUGUCAGCAAUCCUACGUUCACAUGUGUAUUUUAAAAAAUAUAUAGAGAGGCUGAACAUUAAAAUAUUGAUUCUUGUUUUUCACAGCCCAAAUUUUCAAUGUUAUCCUUUAUAUUUUCUGAUUUAAUUAGAUUUUAAUUUAGGAAAUUACUGUAAAAGGUUUGACAUUUUCUCUUGUUAUUUACAUAUCUGUAUGGAUAUAUUAAUAAUUUUGUCUGUUAUGCUUGUGUAAUGGUGCCUUAGUUUGUAUUGCUUGAAUUGUGUGUCUUUUGUCUCUUUAUGAUUUGAAGAUGCAGUGGAUGGAAUUUUCUUCUGUGGUCUGAGAAGAAAUUUCCGUGCUCUACUUUUCUGUAUUUAAGCAUAAGAACUUUUCUAUGGUCUAGAAAGCUGCCAGCUGUUAAAUGGCCAUUAUGUAGUGAAUAUUUAGAAAUGUGAUGUUUUACUCUUCACAGAAACAUGGAGCCUGUUUAAACUUUGCAUUAACAUGUUAAGUGUCUGGAUUGUAUCUGGAGAAACUUUGGCUCAGAUUUCAUUUACACCUCAUUAAAAUGUGUCCCCCAGUGUGACCAGAUGAGAACCAAUUGUACUUUUCCCAUGUAAAAUGCAGACCAAUGUGUACAUCUUUUCCACUUUCCCUGUUGAGCGAUCCGAUCAUGAUCCGAUCACAGUGCGCUCUGGAGGUGCUUAGCUUUGACUUUUCAUGUGGUCAAGUGCAGUCCUAAUGUGAUCCAAUUACCAAAAACAUGUCAAUGCAAGGUGUAAACAGGCCCUAGUGACCCUGAGACCAAGUCAGGUGAGAGGAUAAGGUCAGUAAUCAGCAGUACUUCUGGAACAAUACAAACUACAAGAUUAUAUAGAGCCUGGCAGAGUUUUAUUCGUUAUUAGGAUAGACAGCAGGAAGGUACUAGAGAGUAAAGGGUAAAAUGGAGCUGCCAUCAGAAAAAAAUCAGCUCUUACCUGUAUUAUUGUUUUUCCCAGUUAUGCCAUGGUCUAUUCUUUUGUUUUUGAUUCUUUGAUUUUCACUUAAUUCUUUAUUUUCAAGUUAAGUCUGGAAAAUAAUUAUCAAACUCUGUAACAAUUGUAUGGAUAAUAAUUGACAUAAUCUGCCAUCACACAGUAGUGAUUAAUAAACAUUUUUGUUUUACACGUA